AUGCCGUUUAAGUCGGACGACGCAAAGCCGAGCCGCAAGUUUGGUACUGCGUCGUUUGUGGGUCUUCAAUUGGGCCAGUCCGGUGGAAGCGAAAGAGAAGAUGUGUGGCGCAGGAAAUGGAAAAAACACACUCACAGUCGACAUGUUGUCAUGUCGUGGCAACCUGUCGAGCCAGAUCCUUUUCAUCAAGGCCUGCAGUCACAUGCAGUCGCCACCGCGACGCAGAUUCGUCUCAUCACCACCUCGCCGGCUAAAGAACCCGAGUUCGAGUCCCGUUUCUGA